AAGAUGUAAACAUGCCAAGGCCACCAGCGCGGGUUGCAGCAUGAUGGUGUACUGUGUCAGGACUCACAGGGGCAGCGUAAACGACAGCCUCAACGUAUCGAUGAUGCAAGAACGACUACACGUAAUUUUCAUUUAGGUGUUAAGCGAGCACUGCUUACGAAUACCUUGCCUGUCAUGAAGCACGUGAUGAGAUGUGCAGUGUAACGCAACACCGCUCGUGUGAUCACCGUGUUGUCUCCUAGAAGCAUCCAGAGUUGUGUGACAGCAAAGAAGCUGCCCACUAGAGCAGACCCACACUUGUUACUACCAUAUGAAGACCACAGCCACUGAGGGCCCGAAUUGCUGGAAACCAAGCAAAAGGAGUCAUGUGUGGCCGAGGUGGAGGGCGGCGUCGGAGAGGCUAUGGGCCCAGCGGCUUCGAGGAAGCGGGAGGCUAUAUGGCUGCCAAGAUCAGCAAACUGCAGAACCAAUACAAAGACUCUGUUAGCACCAGGGAAGGGGAGGAGAAGAAGGGGUUGUUCCAUGGAGUAGCAAUAUUUGUAAAUGGUUACACAGAGCCCACUGCGGAGGAACUGAAGCGAUUAAUGAUGGUGCACGGAGGCACCUAUCACCAUUACUACUCCCGCAGCCAGACUACCCACAUCAUUGCCAACAACCUCCCAGACACCAAGAUCAAGAACAUGAACACAGAGAGAAUUGUCAGUCCUAAAUGGAUCAUAAACUCUAUUGCUGCAGGCCACCUGCUGGACUACACCAAGUAUAUCCUCUAUGGUAACCAAUCCAGGAGUCAGCCACGGUUGCAGUUUAAGUCAGCACUACCACCUGAUAAAGGUACAGAGUCUCUUGAGAAUUUGGUAAAUGAGUCUUCUGUGAAGGAUGAACAGAAAUCUGAGACAUAUAAAGAAAGCAAAUGUAUUUCUCUGACAAAUGAUGCUCUGGGUGCACAUCAGGGUAACACUGCAGCCUCAGACAACUCUGAAGAUACUGAAGCAAAAAUAGAGGGUGAAAGAGACUUUAAGAGACAUUUAGUGAUCUCUGCCAACUCUCCUAACAGCAACAUAGACAACAAGCAUAGUCCUGUAAAGGGGCAUGCAAUGAGUACUGCCAACCCAAAGUUCCUCUCAGAAUUCUACAACAACUCAAGACUCCAUCACAUAUCAACAAUGGGUGCCAUGUUUAAGGAAUACAUCAAUGAGCUGCAAAACAAAGGUGAUGGCUUUCCUGGUAGAGAGAAACUGAAAGAAUGGAUAACAAAUAGAGGUUUCUCAAAAAAUGGAACAACUGUAAAUGAAGGUUUCCAAUGUUCAUCUCCUCAAGGUAAAAACAAGAGAAUAAUCAUGCACAUUGACAUGGACUGCUUCUUUGUGUCUGUUGGGCUUCGGAAGCACCCAGAACUUCGGGACAAGCCGGUGGCAGUGACCCAUGGACGAGGGAACUCCCAGGGACAUGUAAGGGAAGGAAUGGAUCGCCAAUAUGAGCUAAACUUCUACAAACAGCGUGCACAAAAAAAAUUAAAAGCUAAAAUGCUUGCAACAGGAUCCACUAUUAAAGAUGAAGACCUGACAGCUGGACAGCAGGAUGGCGAUGAGCAUAAAGAACAAAGUACUGAACGUCUAGAGAAGAGAUUUGCCACCAUUGACCUCAUUGAUGACACAAGCUCACUGUCAGAGAUUGCAUCAUGUAACUAUGAGGCACGUAAGGCAGGUGUGAGGAAUGGCAUGUUCCUUGGCCCUGCCUUGAAGCUGUGUCCCCACCUGAAGACCAUUCCCUAUGACUUUGAAGGAUAUAAGGAGGUGUCCUACAAGCUGUAUGACAUUGUGGCCAGCUUCACCCAUGACAUUGAGGCUGUCAGCUGUGAUGAGAUGUUUGUGGAUCUGACAGAACUCUUGCAGUCCUGCAAGGUGUCACCAGAGGAUUUUACAACAUAUCUGCGGGAGAGAGUACAGGAAGAGACUGGAUGUCCCUGCUCCGCUGGCCUUGGUGCCAAUAUGUUAGUGGCCCGCAUGGCCACACGUCAUGCCAAGCCCAACGGCCAGCAUUGGGCUGACCCAGAGGACUUGCUGCUGUACAUGAAGGACCACAAGGCCACAGAGCUUCCAGGUGUUGGCUGGUCCACUGGGAAGCGGUUGGAGGCUGAGGGGUUGACAACUUGUGGGGACCUGCAGAAGUGUUCCCUUGGUCAGCUCCAAUCACUGCUUGGCCCCCGUACUGGACACUCUCUUUACAAUUACUGCCGAGGAGUUGAUACCCGUGCCGUGAAGAGCGAGCAUGUGAGGAAGUCAGUAUCAGCAGAAGUGAAUUAUGGCAUACGAUUCACCUGCCAGAAUGAUGCACACAAGUUCAUCAGCGAGCUAGCAGCUGAAGUGGAGAGCAGACUUGCAGCCAUCAAAAUGAAGGGAAAGUGUAUCACACUCAAGUUAAAGGUUCGUGCCAAAGAUGCUCCAAUAGAGACUGCCAAGUUCAUGGGUCAUGGUGUGUGUGACAACAUAGCCAAGUCUGUCUCCCUUUCCAUGUCCACCUCUUCUGCUGACAUUAUUGAGAGAGAGACCUUGGGAUUGCUGAAGCAGAUCAAGAACCCACCUCAGGAUUUCAGAGGAGUUGGAAUUCAGGUGUCUCGUCUGGAGGCUGCUUGUGCCUCAAAGCCUCCUGGCACAUCUAUAAAGAGUUUCCUAUUGGGAGCCAAAAAGAAAGCUCCUGGAAUGGGAACCCAUGCUGCAGGAACCCUUGUUGCAGAUAUUUCUGUGAGUAAAGAUGAAACUUCAGUAUCAGGUAGCAGUAAUCCUGAAGUGGUAGUAAAGGAUUCAAUCAAGAAUUUCCUAUUGGGAGCUAAAAAGAAAUCUUCUGGAAUGGGAGGAAGUCCUGCAGGAACCCUUGUCAUGGAUGCCUUUCUUGGUGCAGGUGACACUUCAGCACCAGAAAACAGAAAUGUUGAAGUGCUGACAAAACAUUCAAGAGAGACUAAGCCGAGCCAUCAGGAGCAUGAUGCUGGCCAGUCAACUGAUGCAGGUCACUUACUGUCUGGAAGUCACCAACCAACAAGUUUAUCAAAUAGCACAUCUUGUAGUGAGUCAAAAAGCAUUGAUAUGGAGGUGUUGCUGGCCUUACCUGAGGACAUGAGGGAUCAAGUCAUUGCAGAGUACAAGCAGCAGGGUUACAUCAUCCCAAUCCUUCCCAGUGGCAGAGACAGCAGCACUGCCUGCAGGCCUGCACCACAGCCACAGCCACAGCCAAGUACUUCAGGUUAUAUAGAACCUGAAGAGAGAAAUAGGCGGGAAACCUACACCAUUAAUAAGCCACAAUCUGCUGUUGAUGGAGCUGGGAGAAGCAGGAACACACCAGAUGAAAGCAGGUCAGAAAUAAGAGAUGGUGGCAGAGGAAGGGACACUUUGGCCAACAGACAGAAUUCAGCAGCAGAGGCAGCAGUUGUCAGGGAGCCAGCAGCUAUUGAGAAUAUUGGAGAAACUUCACAUUCCAGUCACAGCUUUGCCACAUUCACAGAAUAUGCUCAAGAUUCUGCACUGAUCACAAGUUUUUCUCAGGUAGAUGCCAGCUUCUUAGAGGCCAUUCCUGAAGAGUUGCAAAAGGAGUUGAAGCAAGAUCUGGAGCAUCUCAAGCAAGUGAGAGAAGCUGCUGCUCCAUUGCCAGGAAACAAUGGAUUGCAAAGAUCACCACUCAAGCAGGAAAAUAUGUGCAGCAGAGGGCGAGGCCAGCAUAGAGGCCGACGAGGGAGAAGAGGCAAGGUUGACUCCCGAAGGGUAGAGGCUGAGGGCUUGGUCACUCUCACCAGCAUGUUUCUUGGCAACACUGACAAGCAUGGGAACUUCACAAUUAAGAAGAACAUUACUAGUGGUAAGAAAAGAGACAGAUCACCAAGUUCAAGAGAAACAGGACCAGACUGUGCAUCACCAAAAAAGAAGUCUGUUCCAGCACAGCAAAGGGAAGAGCAGCCCAAGGUCAGUGGGGACCCUGAACCAGCAGCACAUGUCACUGAUGAGUUGCUGCCGACAAGUGAGCAAAUGAAAGAGAAGAAGGUCCCAAUUGAAGUGGUUCCUGAUCUCUGUGGCAUGAAGGAGCUUUCCGAUGUGAAGUCCUUGAUACAGGCUUGGGUUGCAUCUUGUGUCCACCCAGAGAAUGAGGAUGCAGACAUCCUGGCAGGCUACUUCACCAGCCUCAUCACCUUCCACGACCUGGAGAAGCUGGACUGCCUCAUUAAGUAUUUGUACAGGCAAAUUCUUAAAACAAAGAACAAACUGUGGGAGUCAGCUUAUCAAGUUGUGAUAAGCCAGGUACAGUUAAUCAUGCUGGAGGCACAUGGGACCAAGCUGAAAGUUAAAAUGUUUGAAAAUUCAUGAGAUUGUGUGACAGUGAAGAAAGGAAACAAAUGACUUAUAGGCUUAAGGUCCCACAACAACACAGUCAUAGGGUGCUUGAUAGAAUUAUGAGAAAGUGGCAUUUAUCCUUUCCCACCAUGAGAGUGUGGCAUUGAAAAAUGUUUGUUGCAUGCCUUCAAAAUGCAGUAAUAUCAUGGAAGCUUUAAUUUGUGAAAGUUUCAAGAUCACCAUGGACAUAUUCAUACUAUAAAUAACUUUCCAGGAAUAAGUUAAUGUACCAAAUUACUUUAAUUUUAUAAUCUCAUGAGGGUGGGAAUCCUUUACCAGAAUUUCUGAUUUAGUUUAAAAAUAGUAUAUUUUGGUAUAUUUUCUUUGCUUUGGUCUCCUUUGUAUUGUGUCAUGAAACAGUAAUUGUGUCUGUGUUCUAUUCAUAACCCAAGUUAAUGCAAAUUUUACUUGGAAAAUCCUUCAUAAGUUAUUCCUGAAUCUGUACUUAUAUAUUUGAUGAAAUAAUUUUCAUAAAUAACUGAUGAAUUGGUAUACACCUUGAUUGCCUCACACCUGCAGGGAUAUAAUAUAACUCUAUGCACUGGUUCUCCAUGGACACAUACUUUCCUUGCUGCCUCUCAGUCACCUCAUUCAUGUUAAGUUUACUCUCCUCAGUUAUCUAAUACAGGUGGUUGUGUCUGUCAUGUACUUCCUUUCAUUUCUCUUACCACCCCAUCCCUGCAGAGGUCAUGUUGAUACUACAUACUUUAGUCUCAUUUGUAUGACUGAAGUUCCCCCAUGCAUUCUAAAACAUCUUUUCUUUUCUUUUUGUACAUUGCCUUAAAAGUUAUCUUAUAGCCAUCCAUAAACACCAAAUUUUUAGCAUUUCAUAUUUUUUUUAAUGAAGGUGAUAAAUUUAAGCAUAAGAUUAUGAAUUACAGAACAAUAAAUGUAAUAUAUUUAAGAACAGCUUUAUGAAAAAUACUCUGUGCUCAGUCAUGCUACCAAAAUCUAAUUAUAGUACAAAAACUGAAAUGUUUGGUUUUGAGCCUCUGAUACAUAUUCUUUGUCUAGAUAGUUGCAUGUUAUUUCCAUGAAUGUAUGCAGGUUAUGUAGGAAGGACUGUGCAGUGUGCAGGCUAGUCAAUCUCCUCAUCAGGUGUGUGUGUUUGUGUGUGUGUGUGUGUGUGUGUGUGUGUGUGUGUGUGUGUGUGUGUGUGUGUGCAUGCUCCAGAUUUUUCACAGAAUUCUAGUCAGAUGACUGAUGUGUUCUCUGUUUUAAUCUGAUGUCAUCUGAUAAUUUAUCUCUUGGCAUAAGGCCACUGAUAAAGCAAGCCUCUGUGAUAGUAGAUUAUGUACAUUACAGUUUUCCUGGGAAUUUUCUAAUUUUAUAUUUUUUUCACCAACUGAAUUUGUAAAUGAUUUUCAAUAAACUGAAAUAUAAGUACAGUGUAUAGUAAA